GUAGUAUUUUUGACGCGACAAUAGACAAAAGUGGGGCUGUUUAAAAAGAUAUGCAAAGAUCUCAAGAAAUAUUAGAUCUUCAGAAUCUUGCCUUUAUCUUCCAUCUUUCGUUUCUUUCUUUACAACUUCUUAUUUAAAGCAUGACCCAAAUCUUUCGCUUUCCCAUUCUCUUCAUUUGCUAUAUAAACCUCUCCAUACUUUAGACAUCUAAUAAUCUUCUACUUUCUUUCUUGAUAUAUUCUCCGGUGAUAUGGCCGUGGCCGGUGAAAUUCUCAGACGGAGUUUGGCUGAGGAGGUUGGCGUCUCUAAUGGAUCAUCUUCUUGUUCUGAGGAGCUUCAUGUUCUUGCUGUAGAUGAUAGCUUCGUCGACAGAAAGGUUAUUGAACGGUUACUUAGGAUUUCUUCUUGUAAAGUUACUGCUGUUGAGAGCGGGACCAGAGCUCUGCAGUAUCUUGGAUUGGAUGGAGAGAAGAGCUCUGUUGGCUUCAAUGAUUUGAAAGUGAAUCUUAUAAUGACAGAUUACUCUAUGCCUGGCAUGACUGGAUAUGAACUACUCAAGAAGAUCAAGGAAUCAUCAGCUUUCAGAGAGAUACCUGUAGUGAUAAUGUCAUCUGAGAACAUUUUGACUCGAAUUGAUAGGUGUUUGGAGGAAGGAGCAGAGGAAUUCAUAGUAAAACCAGUAAAACUAUCAGAUGUGAAAAGGCUGAAAGAUUUUAUAAUGAAAGGGGAAGGAGAAGAAGAAAAGAGGAAGAGAAAAAUUCUGAAGAGAAAAUUGCAAGAUGGUGUGUUUUCACUAUCUUCAUCUGAUUUGGCUGUAGAAUUACCAUCUCCUUCUCGUUCCUCUACCAUUUGUAUGCCUAAAAGGCCUAAAUUGGUGAACAGAGACUGAUAUUAUGGUCACUUAAAGAGUGUAUUAAUACCAAUCCAUGGAUGGAGGGAUAUAAUUUUUGUUAAUUUUUGUUAUUUGUGCACAUAAUUUGCUUACCAAAUUGAUUUGAUGAAGAAAAAAAAAAAAAAGAAAUCA